AUGACUAGUUUACUAGAUGACCUUGAAGAAUUAUGCAGGAAGAUCAGCAAGCUGGUUUAUAACAGAGAAGAUACAUCUUCUGAAGAAAUAAGUUUGCAGUUACUUCUCAGCGCGAUUAUUUUUGAUGAAAAUACGAAAUUCAAAGUUGAAGAAUUUCCUGAGAAUCUAAUAAACAUGAUAUCUUCUAUUAUUAAAUCCAAAAAUUCGGGCGAAAGAAUAAGAAGAUGCUUAAUUCUCAUUUUAUACAAAGUUUAUAUAGAAACACCAGAUAAUGACGUAGCAAAACAAAUCUUUAGCAUUCUGAUAGAUUCAUUCAAGAUCUCAUACGAGAGAGAUGCUAUUAGAAUGUCAUUAAUUUCGAUUUCGAAAAAAUACAAAGACAACGAUCUCUAUUUUUCACGUUUUCUAGAGAUGGUUUACCAUAUUACAAAUAUUUCGGAUCGAAAUUUCAAAAAAAUUUAUCCAGCAACUAAUAAUGAGUUAGUUUUAGUUCAUAUUGAUUUUGAAGGUGGAUUUAAGACCAUAAACAUCAACCCCAAUUGGGGAAAUAAAGCACUCACUGAAUUUAUUGCCAGUAUCUAUGGAGUUGAAGCAAAAAAUCUUGAAAUAAAUUUAAACUCUCCAGAUGGCAAAAUAACAGAUAAGCAAGUAAUCACAGUUAGAUUCAAGUCGAACAAUGCAGAAAAAAUGCGAAAAAUACCAAUUAUUUGCCAAUAUCGAGGAAUAAAAAAAAUUAUCUCAGCAACAUCAAGUACAUCGAUCAAAACGUUGAUCAACAUCAUCAACUACUCAUUUCCUUCACCGAUUACUACUCCUUGCACUUACAGAGUCAUUGGAAAUAAUCCAUUCGAAAUUACAACGAAGAAAACAGUUUGCGAUCUUUCAUUACAAAAGGGUGAUAUCAUACAAGUUGUUGAUAUCCUAGAAAUCCAAAACAAUGAUGAAAUUUACCAUUCAUUUUUCAAAUUACUUUUUGAAGCGAAAGAAAAGGAAGCAACCUUCAAAAAAUCAGCUGCUAUUGCCAGCAAACUCCUGUCAUGCUUACAACCAGGUAAAAUAAUGAAUGAUGAGUUCAAAGAUGUUCAAUAUUUAAUUUCAACGUUUCCUUCAAGGAAUUGUACGGAGCAAAGGUAUUAUUUGGCCAUUAUGGUUAAUGUUAUGAACCAAGAUCCUGACUUUUGCAUUGAAUUUUGUGAAAAACAUGGAAUUGAAAUGUUAAUUAACGUUUUCUUAAGCAAAAAGCUGCAUUGCAAGGAGCUAUUAGACAUUGUCAACAUGUUUUACGAGAAACCAUACAAUAUAAGAGAAUUUCUUUUCGAAAUUUUCAAAAUGAAAAAUUUUGAUUUUGCAAAAAUGAUGAUUUCAAGGUUUGGCGAUGAAUGUGUAUGUCUACCAGAUGAGAAAAGCCUCAUGAUGCUCAUUAAAUCCUAUUCUCCCGAUGAAAAAACUCAAUUUUUGAAUUCAUUUAGCGAAUUUUCUUUACAAAUGGAUUAUUUCGGAUCUGUUAUGAAAUCUAACGGUCAAAAUCCUGCGGUUUCUCCAUUUUCUAAGGAAAUCGCGUUUAAUGAAUUUAAUAGACUCAAAAUCACCGAAGAUUUCGAGAAAUACUUAGCCAAUGUAACCAAGAACAAUAGUUUUAGGCAGUUCCUUGAUUUGAUCCAAAAUCCGGGCGCAAAAGAUAAAAUUAUUAAAAAUUUGGACAUUUUGAUACUCCCAAUGUAUCUCAUGAACAAUCCAGAUGCUGUAAAGGCUUCUAAUGACGUAUUGAUUCAAUUAUUGCGAGAAACAACAAUUUUCCCCGUUAUUUUCCAGAAAAUUCAAACAUUUAUUUCUAGAAGCACAAGAUCACCGAAUUGCAAGCUCAGAAAUGACAAAUGUACAAGCCAAAGUGAUUAUUUCUUGAUUCCUUUGCUCAAAAUUUUGGGAGAUUUUAAUAAAAAGAAUUUCAUUUCAGACAAAGGCCAAUGUGCUUCAUUAAUUGAUUGUCUAGCCUUAUACCUUAGUAAACACAAGGAAUUCGAUGAAAACGCCCUUGAAAUUGCAAAAAUAAUUAUUGAAUUUCCAAUUAAAUGCGUUUUCCCAGAGAAUUUCGUCGAAGAAGAGGAUGACGAUGACUCCUACUCAUACUUUUCUAACUCUUCUGACGAUGAUGACGAAAAAGAUCCGAAAUACAACUCUUUUGACUUGGCAAUGCUUCCUUACCUCACUCCUUUGGAUAAUUAUGCCAAGUUGGUCAAUAUUAUCCGUCAAAAAGCGAAAAGUGACAAAGAAUAUUCAGUUUAUUUCAAUUUGAUAUCGAUUAGAUGCAUAAUCCUUCAAAUGCUUCAUCGUAAUCCUAAUGAUGAAUGUAUUAAUACUGUUUCAAGCAUUUCUGUCCAAGAUUUCAACAAAAUUUUGACAAUUUUCAAGAAAAAGUACGGAACUAAAGGAGAUAGAGAGGAAGUUCUCACAGAAUGCUCUUACUUUAUUAGCCAGUGCGAGAAUAAAGAGCAUAUUCCUUUAAUUGCCAUAAAAUUAUUAUUAAUUUAUGAGAAAGGCGAUGAAAUGGACCAAAAAUACGUUGAUCUAUUGAGAAAUGUCUUUAUAUGCUGUUCCGGUAAGGCUCUGGACUUCAGAAUUGACAUGUUACCAACAUUUUUCCAAAAUGUCUCCAAAACAAAGGAUUUGGAAGACCUCAUGGUCAAGAUCCUUCCAUAUAUGAAGCCGUGGGAUGGUUUUCAGACCGCAUAUCUAAGGAAAAAUGGAGAAAAAGUGCUAAAUCAUAUUCAUCAAAUAAUUAUGAGCCAAGACGAGGUAUACAAGAGGUACUACGCUCAUUACGGAAUCUCUUUAGAUAAAAUCGCUAAGAAUUCCAGAAAUAAGGAACAAAUUAAACCGAAAAUUCGGGAAAUUAAGGAUAUCAUAUCUAAUUCAAGUACAAGUUCAUUAUUAAGGUUUUUCAAAGAUGUCUUUGAGACCUUAAAUAUUUAA